AAACGGACGGUACAAGGACAGAACAUUUUGGCCCGUAAUUGAGGAUUGCCUCGGAGGCUGAGUCGCCCAAGUAUCUUCCUUUUCUUCUCCAUUACUCAUAUUUUUAGUCCAGCAACAAUCCUCUGUAAACAUUCCUCCGUCUUCCACCUAAAUUUCCACAAUUUCCAUUUCUUCAGCUUCUUUUGCUUCACAGUAAUCCAGAGUUCUUCACAGCUUCAUCCUGCCCCGGAUUUUCCGGAUAUGGGUUUCUUCGAUUCCAUUCUCAAUUGGCUCAGGAGCCUGUUCUUCAAACAAGAAAUGGAGCUCUCACUUGUAGGCCUCCAGAAUGCUGGGAAGACAUCUCUUGUGAAUGCUAUUGCUACAGGGGGCUACAGUGAAGAUAUGAUUCCAACUGUGGGGUUUAAUAUGCGAAAAGUUACAAAGGGCAAUGUUACAAUUAAGCUUUGGGACCUCGGAGGACAAAGGAGAUUUCGCAUGAUGUGGGAACGAUAUUGCCGUGGCGUGUCUGCAAUUGUGUAUGUUGUUGAUUCUGCUGAUAGGGAUAGUGUUCCCAUAUCAAGAAGUGAACUCCAUGAGCUCUUGACAAAACCUUCAUUAAGUGGAAUUCCUCUGCUUGUUCUGGGCAACAAAAUUGACAAGUCAGAAGCACUUUCCAAGCAGUCACUGGUUGAUUUGUUAGAACUUGAAUCAAUUCGUGACAGGGAGGUAUGCUGCUACAUGAUCUCUUGCAAAGAUUCGGUAAACAUCGAUGUUGUGAUCGAUUGGCUUAUCAAACACUCGAAAACAGCAGGAUGAUCAAUUUUAUACCUUGUAUUGUCUAGUUAAAGAGUCAUGGAAGUUCAAAACUGUACUUUAUUUAAAGGUUUUGAGCUCAAACUGGUGUCAGAAACUAAAUGAGCAGUGGUUGGUUACAAAAAUAUAUAUUUUUUUUAAAUGUUUGUGUGCAGUUAGUAUAGUCGACGAUGACUAACUACAUACAAUUGUUAAAGAUCA